AUGACCCCGUGGUAUAUCACCAACAGGACUGAUGAUACCACUCUUCGAGUAUUCUGCAAUUCAUGGACUUGCGGUUAUGAUAACAAUUCAAUUGAAAUCACGAAUGAUUUUAACGAUGUUUUAGCAAAAUAUCGUAACGAAACACUUAAAGGAAAUAUAUUUACAGUAGUCGAGAGCUUCAUUCAAAAAGAUUUCGUCCCAGCCAAAUGUUUCGGAGGCUAUCUAUUGUACUUCGGCGGGAAAAACGUUACAGUUAACAAAACCGCCGGUUUAGAGCUCAUUCGUUCAGGUGCUAAAGAUCAUUUUUGGACAUGCCUUGAAUUACUCGCUUUCUUACCAGAAGAAGGCGACAAUUUCGAGAAUAUUAGAAUUGCUACAGAAGCUGGCUCCAUUUUUGCAACAAUGGUUUAUUCCAGAAAAUUAUACGAACAAGGCAACUACGAUGAGGCCGCUCGUUACAUGAGCCACUUAAUUGUUUCAUCUGCUGUCAGCUGGCAUCGUAAGCACCAUGCCGGAAACACAUUUUCAACAGCUCUUAAGAAAUUAACUCUUGAAAAGGAUACAUCAGCCUACAAGACCAUCCUAGAGCUUGCCAGACAGCUCAACCUUCCAGCAUGUGUCUGGAUCUUCGACGGUUACUUAACCCAUAAAACUGAUUUAAUUUCUGCCAAAGAAAUUGUUGAACUUGCUUUCCAACUUGUUAAUGGUCUUCCAUUUAGAGACAUAACAGAUGUAGAAGCAAUCAGAAAGUCAGGAAUCGAUGAGGAAGCCUUCCUUAAAUACAAUAGCAAUGCUGGCUCUCCAACAGCUGCAUUCUACUUGUCUUAUCCGAAAUUAAAUUCAAAGAAUAUAUCUGUUGUUCAUUAA